AAAUACCACAACUAAAGACUUCCACAUUUCUUUUUAUGAAUCCUAAUGCUUUUCUACAUGUCCGCGGUCAUCCUUUUUGAAAGUCAUCAAGACGAUAAUCCAUGAACCAUUGGUUUGGGUAUGACAUUGCGUAUACAGUAUUAUUUUUCUGUCAACCAACUGCUGAAGCUAAACGAAGUUAUACAUUAACGUCAGUAACAAAACUUACGCAAUAUUUUUGCGUAACGCUAACUCGUUACGUCACAUGUGCGACAGGCAUGAGGCACAUACUGUCAUUGGGACCGAUUGUAUUAUUUAUUCGAGCAAAUCGCACAUUCCUUUCGCCUCCGACUGCGUGCAAACAGCUCCAGCAUGGAUCUCAGUGACAUGAGGAAGAAAUACAAAGGAGACGAGGAGUGUUUUGAGGAGAACCAGCUAUCUUCUCUGGACCCAAUCAAGCAGUUUGGAAGCUGGUUCGGUGAAGCCACCCAGUGUCCUGAGAUUGGAGAGGCCAACGCCAUGUGCAUCGCCACGGCAACCAAAGACGGACGCCCGUCGGCCCGCAUGGUUCUGCUUAAAGGUUACAGCGACAAUGGAUUCCGAUUCUUCACCAACUACGAGAGCCGCAAGGGAAGGGAGCUGGAGGGCAACCCUUACGCCUGUCUCGUCUUCUACUGGGAGCCUUUGAACAGACAGAUCCGCAUUGAGGGCGAGGUGGAGCGAAUCCCCUACCAGAGCUCUUGUGAUUAUUUCCACUCACGGCCAAAAAGCAGCCAGAUCGGGGCGGUGGUGAGCAGGCAGAGCACGCCGGUUCCCAACAGAGACUUCCUGAGGGAGAAAAAUGCAGAGCUAGAGGAAAAGUAUAAGGACACACAAGUGCCAAUGCCAGACUACUGGGGGGGCUAUAUGGUGAAACCCCAGCUGAUAGAGUUCUGGCAGGGUCAAACCAACAGGCUCCACGACCGCAUCGUCUUCACAAAAGUGGCUGCAGACGCUGAGCUAGGCGAGCAUCAGCGGCGUGGAGAAGGUUGCUGGGCUUAUCAGCGACUCUCGCCGUGAUCGCCCGACAUCGGCGGCAUCGAACCGCAGAAGCUUCAUCCUGACUUUACUUGAGUGCUUUUUAUUCUCCAUAAUGAGCAACAUUUAAACACAGUAGUCGAGUAGGCCCAAGUGUUCAUCAGAAAGGUACUACUUGUAAUGCAAAUAGAAAAUAGUGAAAAUUAAUCAAUAAUUGACGCCUUUAGCAGCCCAGGCUAAACUUAGCUCCUUCCCAAAAUACAAGCAUGUCUCUCAGUUGGGAGGUGCCACUCCAACAUACUUCCUUGACACCAAUGACAACUGUCCUACUUAAACAAGGUGAUGGUGCUAUCAUGUGGCAUCCAAAUAAAAAGCACAAGCAACUCCA